CCGGGAAAACCUCUUCAAGCACCGCGCAAUCAACGACCCCAAACAGCUCGAGAACAGCCUCCGCGAUUAUCUUCUCGACUUCUUCACCCUCAUCCUCGACGAAUACGCCGCAAACAGAGCAGGCAUGUCAACCGAAUUCCGCGAGGCCAUGGUCGAGAGUCUGGUGGAAUUCAACCAGUGGAAGGAGGGUUACUAGAAGCGCAAAAUAAAGAAGAAUCCCUAGAACACAGUCGACAGGGCCAGCGGUAUGAUUAAGAGCGCUGCCGGAGUGGCCAGCGGGGCGGUAGAAGGUGUCUAAGCUAUUCCUGGCGUGGUGUAUUAUGGUCGGAAGGGGUUGGCGAGGGUGUGGGCUUUUGCGAGGAGGGCGGUGAAGGGGGGCAAGAAGGGAGAUUACUCGUCGCAAAAGUCCAAGCCGGAAAAGCCGAGUGAGCCAGCGUAUGUGGAGGCCCAGCCGUGGACAGGAGCGUUCAUGUUUGCCCUUGGGUUGGGAAUGACGUCGUGCUCGCCUCGUCAUUGGCAGCUUCCAGCUUUCGGAAACUUGGCUUUUACCACCUACAAGGCGUACGAGACGUUCAAGGGUAAGGGUGUCAAGGCGGCGCAAAAGCUCGCCGAGUCAAAUGCCGUGAUUGCGCGGAAUCUAGAAAUGUCCGUCAUGGAAGUCUCCAUGGCUACUCACCCAGAUGUCGUCCUGGAGACCACAGAUCUGGCGAAUCGGACUCGUCGCAACGCCAUCAGCUCCAAGGACAUGGCGCUCGGCACGAACAAGUCAAGGAAUGUCCAGGCAACCUUGGCUGGCGAAGCUGGAGCCGCUCCCGAACAAGUCCGAGACCGAAUCGACUCCUUGUCAAAGUCGGCCAAGGCGGCAGCAAAGGGCUCAGAGCAGGUCGUCAAGACAAAACUCAAGUUUAGCACCACUGAGUAUGCGAUCCGCGGGUUCGCCUGCGCCAUGUCACUGGCUAUGCUCAUCAUAGCGUGCAUUGCGGGCUCGCAGGCGUGGGAGGAAAUGGGCCUGGUCGAGCGCAUCCAGACGGUCCUGGCUCUUGUCAUUCAAGCUUGCUAG